GUGUUCCAGCCGGGAAUUGAACCUGAUCGACAACUUCAAGCUGAUGUAUCACUACGCCCCCCUCAUCAUCAUCUCCCUGCACUUGAGCAUGGUCCUCUUCUCCUUCACUCUGGACACCUGGAGCACUUCACAGGGAGACACCGCUCAGAUCCUGGGCACCGGCGCUGGCGUGACCCUGGCCUCCCACCUCAACCACCAACUGGGCCUGAUGUCUGACCCCCCGCUGGACCUGCUGCCCCUGUCCCCAUCGGCCCUCAGGACCUGCCUGCUGCCUGUGGCAAUGCCGAGGUUCUGCCUAUGCAUGCUGGUGUUGCUGGCCACCAGGGCCCUCAUGAAGGCCAUCACCAUUCCUCUGCCAUGCAGUAUCUAAGGCAUCCCAAGUAGAGACGUGAGGAAGGCCUGACAGCACAUGGAGGUGGAGCUGCCUUACAGGUACAUUGUGUACGACAUGGUGGGCUUCAACACCCUCUUCCUGGUGCCACAGCUUUUAUUAACCUUUCGGCAGCUGUCCUGAUGGGGGAGUCCUGUGGAUCUUCCAGUCCCCUGCCCUCGCCCUGCCCUGCUCAUCCAAAACCAGGCCAUAGGAACAUGGGAAAUUCACACCCUAGAUGCAUGAAUAACAAAAACAUGAACACCACACAAGGGUUAAUAUAACAACAUUAGCAGCUUAUUAGCAUUUCCUUUUUGGGGGGUAAAUGGAGCUUAAUAUAUUGGUAAAAGGCACCUUGCCCUAGAGAGAUUU